UGAAUAACAACGUGUUAUUUAUAAUUUUAAUAAUUAUGUUGUCUGUCAACCUCUACCGCUACGCAAACUGACGCCGGUCCAGCUAACAGUUAUUGUUUUCUGCACGCGCUACACACGCAGGUUAAAUGCAGAACGCAGAAGAUGAUGAAGGAAAGAUGGACAGCUCCGUCCAAAACGAGGAAGAAAAUGAUCAGCUGGACGGAAGUGACGAGGCAGCAGAAGGAAGUAGAGAGGCCUCAUCACUCUCUCGGGAGCUUGCUGAGGGUAUCUCACAGGAUCCAUCAGCACCACAGCCUGAUGACCUCAUACCCCAGCCUGAUGACCUCAUACCCGAGCCUGAUCCACAUCUCAGUUUAGCAGUGCCACCAACACCUCAGCUGCUGAGCCCUAAUACCACAGAAGACAUGGAGGAUCGGGAAUCAUCACAGGAGGAGGAGGAGGAGGAGUUUAUCAUUCUUGACUCUGAACAUUCCCUGAUUAAAAGGUUUCAAGCUGCUCAGAGCGCUCUGUUUAGCAAAAUGCUGGAGAGAAGUAACCUGGAACUGAAAGAAAAGCUGGGAAUUAAGAAGACAGAUGCCAGCAACAUUCAGGAUGUCGGUGUUGAGAUGUUUAGGAUUCAGGAGCAGCUGGCCAGAGUUCAAAACAAACUGGACAACAGUCAUCAGACAAAGGCCCACACUGAAGCCAAACAUCAGCAGACACAAGAUCACCUGGAGGCGACAGAGAGCAGACAUGCUGCUGUAAACGGCCAGAGCAGCCAAGCUAACGCAGAGGUGAGCAGGCUACAAGCUGAGUUGGACAAAUUCAUCCAGCACCUCCUUAUCACACAAGGACACACUGAAGAGCUCCACUCCAAAGUCAAAACUGUGAACAUGCAGAGAAACAAACUGGCAGCUGAGAAAACUCGAGCAGAAGAGAAGAAACUAAAGCAGGAUUUGUAUGUAAAGCAUCUAACAGAGGAAGUGGAGAAGCUGACUCAGCAGAUUGCCAUGUAUGAAGUUCAGACCACUGCUCAGGCAAAGGAGACACGAGCAACCAAAGAGGCGCUCUCUGAGGCUGAAAUGAAAAUGGAGUUGCAUUUGAUCGGAGAUAAACUGCUGAUGCAGCAGUGGAACAGCAGCCUCCUGACCAAGACCAGAGAAGUUGAGGCCUCCAGCACGAUGCAGGAAAUGCAUUUGGUUCAGCAUAAGGUGAUGCUGUUGGACAAAGAGAUUGAAAGUUGUACAAAAAGUCUCAGACAUGAGGAGGAUAAAAAUGAGACGCUGGAUGGACAGCUGCAGUGGUCCGAAACAGAUUGUGCCACUUAUGAAAAACUGAUCAAUCAGAAACGGACAGAGCAGGAGGCGCUGCAGGCCGACUACAGCACCUGCCUCCGCAUCCACCACGAGACGGAGCAGACUCUAGCCAUGCUCACAAAGGAAACUGAAAAAUACCAGACUGAACUGAAAGGUCAGAGGAGGCAAAUGGAGAAACAGAGGGCAGCGCGUCUUGAGCUGGAAGACAAAAUUAUGACACACAUUCAGCAGAAACUCAUCCACAUCAAUGCUGCAAAGUACUCCCAAAAGCUCACUGCCAAAAAGGCCACACUCAAGGACGAGAAGAUGCAGCGCUUGCAGCAGGUGGAGAAUGGGAUAUUUUCGAUGAAACUGGAGAAGCACAAGGUCAACGAAUACGUGAACAGCCUGGUCCUCAUCCAGCAGGCCUUAGAUGAGGAGGUCGCCAAGUACAACAAGCUACUGGUGGCAGGUCAAGCCAGGCUUUCUUCAUUUGUUCACCUCAUCAAGCAGAAGCAGGCGAUAAUCUUCACCUGCGCUAACAAGAUUUCUCAGAUUGUGGCCAGCACUGGGCAUGAAGACCUGAGUCCCCUGCAAAUUAAGCUUCAGGCAAUAACGGCUCAGAUGGAGCAGCUGGCAACACACAUCAAGAGUGAUAAGCAGCUGUGGAUAACGCAGCAGAGGACCAUAGUGGGACUGACCCAGGACCUAGAGGCCAACAGCAGGGAGAUGCGCAAGCUGCAGAUGGAUUACAUUGGAAUGGAACAGAGGAAAAUACGCUUGCACAGUCAGACCGAACUGGAGGAACGAGAUCAAGCAGAACUGGAGAGCAACACGAAGAACCUGAAGAGAGACAUAGUGACGCUGGGCAGCCUCAUAAGCAAGAACAAAAAGCUUAGCCAGGCUCUGGUCCAGGAGAACGCAUUCAUGGAGACAGACUUCCUUCACAAAAUAAUGGAAGCCGAGCGGAAAUCUAUCACAAUGGAAAUGAAUCUUGAUGAGACACAAGAGGAAAAAGAGAAGCUCCUUAACUGUCUAAUGGAGGCUGAGCAGCACAUCAUGUUGUGGGAGAGAAAGAUCCAGAUUCUGAGGGAAACUCGUUCACUUGUGGACUCAGAGAUUCACCAGACAGACAUCAAGAAGCUGAGAGCUGACAUACAUUGUAUGGAGUUGCGAAUCAGUCAGUUGAAGAAGCAGCAGGAGCAACUGAUGAAGGAAAGCGAAGCAGCUGUGGCGAGGAGGGGGGCCCUCCUCCUGCGUGAGGAGACCAUGGCGCAAAGAUCGCACAGGCAGAAAACCAAGGGAGAGCUUCAGCGCUCCAAUGACAGCCUUCAGCACAAGAUCAAGUUAACGCUGAAGGAGGUGGCAGAGUCUGAGCAGGUGUUCAGGGAGCUUCAGAAGAGACAGGUUAGAGUGAGCGACAGUCUCAUGGAGGCGAAGCAGCAGCUGGAGGAGCUGUUCUGCAUCAGCAACACCCUUGACUCUGAAAUGGUUAACAUCCAGGAUGCCAAAGAAAGGAACAUGGCCUACUUGAUCACUCUGCAGGAUCGGAAUAAGAGGCUGCAGGGAGUUCACGAAGGCACCUACAAACCCUCGUCCUCCAGCGAAACGGUGGACGCCGCUCUGCAGCGCCAGACCGAGAGCAUGCAGGCCGUCGGUAAUAUCGUACACUGCGUGUGUGAAGGGUUCCCUCAGCACCAGGGGGCUCUCCGUGUGGUGUCACAAGCACUGGCAGCACACACACACACAGACUAGAAGAGUGACCAGUUCAUUUAAUAUUUACUUUCUUUUAUGAUUUA